AUGGACCCCAUUGAGUUUGACCCUCUUGUAGUCGGUAAUGUAGACGAUGACAAUGAUUCCAUCGUCAGUAGUGAGUAUUGGGCACCUACAGACGAGCAUUUCCAGGAAGGACAAAACUUACUGCACCACGCUACUCUUCUUCUUCUAGGCAAUAGACUGCACCUGUCACCCAUUGGAGAGAAACCUCGGAAAAUCCUCGACAUCGGUACUGGCACUGGGAUAUGGGCUAUCGAUAUGGCUGAUGAGUAUUCUUCUGCCAAAGUAAUUGGCACUGAUAUCUUGGCUGUUCAACCCACCUUCGUACCACCAAACUGUAUCUUCCAGAUCAACGAUGCCCAACUCGACUGGACUUUUGAACCGGAUUCUUUCGACUUUAUCCAUCUCCGAUAUCUCUACGGUGCCAUCGAUGACUGGAGAAAGCUUUUUCGUCACGCCUACACCCACGUGCUACCAGGGGGCUGGGUCGAGAGCCUCGAUAUCGACAUCGAAACACGCAGCGAGAACCCCAAGGUACAAAACGACACAAAUCACAUCUUUUAUAAAUGGUACCAACUAUUCUUCGAAUGCUGGCGUAAGACUGGUCGAACAUUUGAGAUCGCGCGCGAUGGACGUCAGGAAGAAUACAUGCGAGAAGCAGGUUUUGCUGAUCUGGUAUCUAAAUCGUGGAAAGUGCCCAUUGGAGGUUGGCCACAGGAUGAAAAGCUGAAGCAAAUUGGGUUCUAUAACGGUGCUUUCAUUGAUCAAUCGCUUGAUGGCUUUGCUAUCUUUCCGGUUGGUGAGAUAUUGGGGUGGUCGGUUGAUGAAGUUACGGCUCUGGUUGCUCAGAUGAGAAAGGCAUUGAGAGAACCUAGAGCGAUGCCUUAUUUUAUUGUGCAUAUGGUCUGUGGUCGAAAGCCAUCGUAA